GGAUGGAAAGGAAGUUAGCCAGGCAGAGAUGUUCAUUGAGACUCGACAAAGUCGAAAAGGAAAACAGCUGGAUGAGGAAACUUCAAGUGUAAUUUCUAAGCUUCAAGAAUCAGUUCAGAAUUCAACUGAAUCUGAGACAUUUAACUCCUUGUUUGGGAAAGAAAAAUCUAGACGAGUUCGUUGCUAUGGAAGAACAAUAACACCUACCAUGCUUAAAAGAAAAGAAGAAAUUCUGGUUAUUAAAAGGCAGCAUAAUGAUGAAGUGGCUGGCAUGAAGAGGGAGAUGGAUGGUAUGAAGGCGCUAUUUAAGACAAUGAUGAAGCAACAAAACCCACAAAUGAGCGACGAGGAGAUCUCUAAUUUGAUGGCAAGUGCUAUGGGCUGUUCCAUUAGUUCUACUGCUGCUCCUGCUGAUCCACAUUCGUCUGCAUCAACUCAUAUUCCGCAUUGCGAACAGAAACUGUAUAGGGCACUUAAUAGGGCACUGAAUAGGGCACUGAAUUCGAAACUGAAUUAUCAAGAAUUAGAAACUGGAUCACAUCUUGUUAUAGUUUUACUGUUGUACAAAUUUUGUUAUAGUGUUAUUGGUUUUACAGAUUUUAAGCAUCUUGUUAUAGUGUUAUUGGUUGGUACAAAUUUUGUGAAUGCUAGUAACAUUGAUGGUGGAGAGGAAUCAGAUUGUGAUGAAGAUAUGGAAGAAGCUUGUGAUGAUCAUGAAGAUGUGGAAGAAGUUUGUGCUGAUCAUGAAGAUGUUGAAGAAGAUGUGGAAGAAGAGCAAGGAGAAGAUCAAGAAGAAUAG